CACCUUUUCUACUCAGAUCUUCGCCUUCUUCUCUUUUUUUUCACUCGAAAAAAUAAACACCAUGAAAUCUGCACUUCUAAGAACCGGUUCAAUCCCGGUUCAAACCCUGAACCAGAUACCUUCACUAAACGGAAGUUCUUGUUCUUCUCCAAAGAUUUCAUUCCGGUCUGAAAAUUGUGGGUUUAACAAGAUUAGACGGUCUAACUCCGAUACUGAGUUGACUCGUUCCGAGUUGAUGAUCAGCUCCCGUUUAACCCGAGUUGGAUCGGUUUCUUUUCCCGAUUUAGGUGUUAUUGCUGAAGAGGAAUUAACCGGACGAUUCGGAAUCGGAAUUGGAACCGGAAAUGGUAAAGGGAAUAAUUAUGGAGGUAAAGGAAAAGGUGGGAGUAACAAUAAUAAUAAUGGUAAUGAAAAGGGUAGUGUUGGAGAGUAUUACCAACAAAUGUUAAAGUCAAAUCCUGGUGAUUCUUUGCUUUUGAGAAACUACGGGAAAUAUUUGCAUGAGGUGGAGAAAAAUGUGGAGAAAGCAGAGGAAUGUUAUGGGAGAGCAAUAUUAGCAAGUCCAGGAGAUGGAGAAUUAUUAUCAUUAUAUGGGAAUUUAAUUUGGGAAACUUCAAAGGAUGAAGAUCGAGCUCAAUUUUACUAUGAUCAAGCUGUGCUUGCCUCACCUGAUGAUAGCAUGGUAUUAGGAUCAUAUGCACACUUUUUAUGGGAAGCAGAGGAUGAUGAAGAAAUAAUGAAGCAUGGAAGUGAUGCUGUUCCUGCUAUGAUUGGAGCUCACUAAUCAAUAAUUCAAGAAUUGGGCUCCUUAACUUUUGAUUUUGAGUUUUAACCUUUUUAGGGCAUUUAAAUAAAGUCAUUUUGUAAUGUAUUGAGUUUUCAUGUUUUUACUAACCUCUAAAACUAUGUAUUACUUACUAUUAGUAGGGAAUAAAUAGAAUGAUGCAUGUAAAAUGAGAGAUGCAAGACUACAAUUAAUAUAUGUAUAAUUUUUAUUUAUAUGAUUAAGUAAAUAUAUAUAUUAUCACAUC